AUGGGUGAUCUCCCAAAUAACAAAAUAAUAUCUCUACCCCAGAGAAACCGAAGAAGGAUAAAUAGAAAUUAUAUUCACGAAGAAAGUGAACCAGAAUAUGAAAAUGAAAUCAAAGAAAAUGAAAUCAAAGAAAAUGAAAUAUCUAAUGAUGAAGCAAUUGAUCAAGAUAUUAUAAAUGAUAACGAAGUAUACGACAUAAAUUUAAAUAAAAAUUAUAAAUAUGAAUACCUUGAUCAUACUGCUGAUAUAAUUUUACAUAGUUAUGGAGAUAAUCUUAAGGAAGCAUUUGAAUCUGUAUGUAUUUCAUUAUUCAAUUACAUGUGUGAUUUAAACAAUGUCGAAUUAAAAAUGAAAAGAAAGAUAUCCAUAAAAGGAGAUGAUUUAGAUGAUUUACUUUUUAAGUUUUUAGUUGAAUUCCAUUUUUUAUAUGGUAACGAAUAUUUUAUUUGUAAAACUGUUGAUAUAACUAUUUUUGACAUGGAACAAUUUUAUAUUGAAGCUUAUGGAUAUGGUGAAUUAUUUUCUACAUAUAAGCAUGAAUGUGGAACAGAAAUAAAAGCCAUAACAAAACAUGAAAUAAAAAUUGUGUCGGAUGAUAACUCUUGUGAAGUUUAUGUAUUGGUUGAUAUAUAA